UGUCUCUGAUCAGAUGGGCUUAAUAUAAACCAGGUUUGCCGAGAGGGAAUUAAAGAGGCAGCCCGUAAGCGGGAGAGGAUUUACUUGGGCAGAGCAGCGCGGUGUAGCACGGUCUACAGGGAGAGGAGGGCAGCGCGAGCCGACUGCGAGCAGGAGCCAGGCACAAGGGUAAAAAAUGACCCUCAACAACGUUACCAUGCGUCGCACCCACACCAGCAGCCUGCAGCAGCAGCAGCAGCGGUGGAGCAUCCCCGCUGACGGCAAGAACCUGCUGGUCCAGAAGGACUCCAACGAGUACAACGCACAGAAGCGAUACACCAUCAGCCCCGACGAGUACUACAGAAGGAGCUGGUCCUCGGAGUCGUCCGACUCUGUCAUCUCCUCUGAGUCCGGCAGCAAUUGCUACCGGGUGGUGCUGAUCGGGGAGCACGGCGUGGGCAAGUCAUCGCUGGCCAACAUCUUCGCGGGGGUACACGACAGCAUCGACAGCGACUGCGAGGUGCUGGGAGAAGACACGUAUGAAAGAACCCUGAUGGUGGAUGGGGAGAGUGCAACCAUUAUACUGCUGGACAUGUGGGAUAAUAAGCGUGAAGGAGAAUGGAUUCGAGACCACUGCAUGAAAGUGGGAGAUGCAUACCUGAUUGUCUACUCCAUCACAGACCGAGCAAGCUUUGAGAAGGCCUCCGAACUCAGAAUAGAGCUCCGCAGAGCUCGCCAGAAAGAAGAUAUUCCCAUUAUUUUGGUUGGCAACAAAAGCGACCUUGUCAGGUGCCGCGAAGUUUCAGUGGCAGAGGGCCGAGCAUGCGCCGUUGUGUUCGACUGCAAGUUCAUCGAGACCUCGGCAGCCGUGCAGCACAACGUGAAGGAGCUCUUUGAAGGCAUCGUGCGGCAAGUCCGGCUCCGGAGGGACAGCAAGGAAAAGAACGAGAAGAGGCUGGCUUACCAGAAGCGGAGGGAGAGCAUCCCGAAGAAAGCCAGGCGGUUCUGGGGCAAAAUAGUUGCCAAGAACAACAAGAAUAUGGCCUUCAAACUCAAGUCCAAGUCUUGCCACGACUUAUCAGUACUUUAAGAACAUUGGACUCUGCCAGAGCUUGUGGCAUUUUGUGGACAUUACCUAACGAUGUUGUGGGAAAUAAUCAAUCUAUAUUAGAUUGGGUUAUGAAAAUGACUUAGAUUCACAGUUGUGAUUGUGAUGAUACGUGCUGGCAUAAGAACAGCACAGUGCAUGGAAAUAUCUCUUUCUUUUUAUGUUGGUAGUUUUAAAAGUAUAGACCAGAACGACCCAAAGUUAUGCUGGGAAGUGUUCUGGGAUAUACCUAUUGCUUCUCCUCUCAGCUUUGGAUAAUAGCUUAAGAACCUCAAACUGUCAUCACUUGGGAAGUAAAUACUGCUUUCUUUACUCUUUUUCACUGUCAUUAUUCUUUCCUUUCUUUUUCUCUCUCUCUUUUUUUUUUUUUUUUGAAAAUUGUGUAAAGAAUUGAGGAACUGACCAGGGAUUGGUCCUCUGCCAGUUGGCUGGUCAGGUUUGAGCACCCGCAGCUAAAAAAUUUGCAUUUCUGUAGAAUAGCCACCAAGACACUUGUUUUUAUUAUUUCAAGGAUUGUUUUCAAUGAGUUUACACAUCUCUUACUUUGAAAAUAUUUAAAGGCAAAUUCCUGUAAUCAAUCAAAUUUUCCUCUCAUAUUUCCAUUUUAUGGGACUGUUUAAAAACCACGGUAAAUAUAAAAUUAAAGCACAAGUUGUAUCAAAGUACAUCAAGUGCAAGAUGCCAAACCUUUAUAAAUCACCUGAGCUUUUUUAAGAAACCACAUGGACUUCUUGUAUCUAGUCUUGGCUUUUCUCUAUGCUAGAGCUAUGCUGUAUUUAUUGUCAUGCAAAAUAACAAGCAUUUUAAUGUUGAGGGGAAAUGUAUUUAUUACCAAGUUUCUUAAAACAAUAAUGUUAAUUUUAUUACUGUUUUCUAUCUGAUAUCUUUUUUUUUUUCAGAUAUGCAAGUUUUUACUUACAUGCCUUGUAAUAAAAUAAAUAAAAUAUAUGACUGCCUUUGAGCCUCAG